AUGGUGGGCCAGAUGACCAAGAAGAAAGAUGGGAGUCUGCAGUGCGAUUUUGCGGAGCGCAUGGUGUUGAUGGCGAAUCAUCAGCUGUAUACUGACUGGUUGUAUCUUUGGUGGAUUGCAUAUACCAACAGCAUGCACGGGUUCAUUUACAUCAUCCUCAAAGAGUCCCUCAGAAACAUUCCUAUUAUCGGCUGGAGUGCGCAGUUCUACAAUUUCAUCUUCCUGGCGAGGAAUUGGGAGGAGGAUCAGAGGACGUUCAAGAAGCAUCUGGGAAAAUUGAAUAAGCCAAACGAUCCGAUGUGGCUUAUUAUCUUUCCUGAGGGUACGAAUCUCUCCGCAACGACGAGGGAGAAGAGCAAGAAGUGGGCGGAGAAGAACAAUCUGCAGGAUAUGAAGCAUCAGCUUCUGCCUCGCAGCACAGGCCUGAGAUUCUGUCUAAACGAGCUGAAGGACACGACCGAGUGGUUAUACGACUGCACCAUCGCCUAUGAAGGUGUGCCACCCGGCCAAUUCGGACAAGACAUCUUCACGCUGCGCUCCACCUUCUUCGAAGGCCGGCCGCCCAAAUCCGUCAACAUGCACUGGCGGCGCUUCCACCUCUCCACGAUCCCGCUGCAAAACACCGCCGCCUUCGAAGUCUGGCUGCGCAACCGCUGGCGCGAAAAGGACUACAUGCUCGAAUACUUCGCGCGCAACACGCGCUUCCCCGCCGAGGACUUCUGGAAAGACCACCUCGACAUGAGUAGCCAGAGUUCUCAGGGCGGUAAAAGUAUCCGCAGCGUCCCACGGCCCGCGGUCCAAAUUGAAACGGAGGUGAAAUCCGGCAAUUGGAACGAAUUCGUCAAGAUCUUCGCGCCCAUUACAAGCGUCAUGAUGGCGCUGACGGUCGCGUACGGCGCGUCGCCCGAAGACCUGCCCAUCCCCGGCGGCAAGGAGUUUUUCGAGCAGCACAUCAAGACACUACUCGGGCAAGGCGGCGAAGUUAAGGGUCUGCCCAGUCCGGAGGAGCUGGAGAAGAUGAUCGAGGGGGCGGCGAAAAUGGGCGCAAUGCAGGCUGCGGAGCCCCAGCAUUUGACCGAGGUGCAGAAGCUGACGCAGGAGAAUCUCGCGAAGUUGGUCAAGGAGACGGCGAUUAAAAGUGGUGCGGAGGGCGAGUACGGCGGUGCCGCGGGCGCUGACGAAGACGAUGGUUGCGCCGACGACGGAGAGGAGGGCGAAGACUGUUGUGAAUGCCCCGACGGCAAGACGACUGUGAAGAAAGCACAAACAACAGCGCCAGCAUCGAAACCUAAACGCAAACCCGCACCUGCACCCCCAACCGGCCCCAUGAAAGAAAUCACCCUCGCCUCAGGCGUGACCAUCAAAGUCCCCUCCACCGACGUCUCAGACGCAAAGAAAACAGGCAUGGUUGUGCUCAAGAACGGCAUGAGAGUCAAGAUUGAAAAGGAUGAGAUUGAAGAGGCGCAGAAGAAGAAGGGGGAGACAGUCAUGACGGCGUCGGGGGUACCGAUUAAGAUUACUCCGGGGGGAGGGGUUGCGGUGCAAGAGGGGGCGAAGAAGGCGGUUGGGAAUGCGAAUGGGAAGGGCGUGGGUGAGAAGAAGCCUGUGCCGUCAGUUGUGAAUGCGCAGAAGAGUACUCCGGCGAAGUUGAAUGGGGCGGCGUCCAGCAUGGUGAAGAAGACUCCUGUGACGGCGAAGAAUACCGUAGGAGCGCCAGUGAAGGGAAAAGGCUUCAUCCAAAACAUCCUCUGGUCGUCGGUCUCGGGCUUCGUCGACGCGGGAAAGCGGUCCGCAGGCGAAUACGCGGGCAACGCGCUGAUCAAAGCGGGAGAUGCGAUUGAGAAUGGCGGGAGGGGGGUUGGGAACAGCAUUGAGAAAAAAGCCACCGGCUACGGGACGUCCAUCUCCGGGCAGACAUACCACCCGUCGCCCAAGGCGCUGCCCUCGACGGCAAGAAAGGCCGUGGUCAAGCGCUCGAACUCGGUGCCGGCGGGGAGUAAAGUGAGUGCGGUGGGGAAGAGCGUUCCCGUGGGUGCGAAUAAGUAUCCAGGCGAGAAGCAAGUCAACAACACUACGAAGAAAGCGUCCAGCACACUGGGAACCGGGGCGAAGUCUGUCGUCGGAACUGGCCAGAAAGCCCUUCUUAACACACCUUCGUCAUUCAAACCUCCCGCACGCUCUGCUUCCCUCCCGCGCUCGUAUCCCGCGGAUAAAAAGACGGUCGUUAAGCCGGGUCAGCCGAAGCCGUUUACGCCGCCCGUGGAGCAGAAGAAGAGGGCGUAUCCAGGCCAGGGCAGUCGGACGCCGGUGCAGAAUCAGAAGCCCAAGUACACGCCGCUGCCGAGGCUGGGGCCGCAGGUGGGCAAAGGAGAGACGAUGAGCCAUUUGGCUGUGUGA